AUGGUCAGCUUAUCGGCAUCUAGGUCGUCUUUUGGGUACGAGAGGUUCAUGAGAAGAGAGGACUUGGAGCAGUCAGGGCAUCUGAUCGAUGACUGCUUCGCCCUGAGGGUGGAUGUGCAUGCUGUCGUCAUGGAAGCGCCCUCCAUCAUCGUGGUUCCACCAUCUGACAUGCACCGGCAUAUCGGCGAUCUCCUGUCGAGCGAGGGGCCGGCGGCUGAUCUUGAAUUCCGGGUCGGUAGGGACACAUUUCCAGCGCACCGGCUGGUGCUCAGCGCCCGCUCGCCGGUCUUCAGGGCGGAGCUCUUAGAUCCGGCGAAAGAUGGCACCAGCGUCAUCCAUAUAGAGGACAUGGAGGCACCAGUGUUCAGGACAAGCACGGCCUUGAAAGGUUGA